AUGGCGAAUUCUGCAUCUGGAGAUUGCGUUGAUUUUGAUCGUGAUUGCGAGCGUGUGUUUCCUUCUGGACUUCGUUUCGUUGAUUCGUUUGUGCAACAAUUCUUAAAGUCAUUUUUGAUCAUUUAUUUUUACAUUUUUAUAUCGAUAUUAUGUGUAGUGUGGAAAAAAAAUGAUGAUAUUAUGUAUUUAGAAGCAGAACAGUCUGAAUUAAAGGAUAAAGAAUUUAAAUCUGAAGAUGAAGCUUUCGAAGCGUAUAAUGAAUAUGCUUUUAGGAAAGGUUUUGGUAUUCGAAUUGGGAAGAGUAAGAGAAGAAGAGAUGAUUCUUUUUUGAUGAAAAGAUUUGUUUGUUGUAAUGAGGGAUUCAAAGAUAAUAAGUGUAAGAAUAAAAGGAUUUAUGAGAAGUUGGAUCAUCGAACUGGUUGUUUAGCUUUUGUGCAGUUUCAUAUUGAUCAUUUAGGGGUCUAUACAUGUACAAGACAUGAAAUGGUUCAUAAUCAUGCUAUGAUUCCUCCUGAAAAAAGGCAUUUGAUAAGGUCUCAAAGAGAUGUGAAUAAAGAGCAGCUUCUUUUCAUUUCAACAAUGAAAUUGAGUGGAGUCAAAGUUACUGAUUCUUUGAGGGUUCUAAAGAAGGAGGUUGGGGGAUCUCCUAAUCUUUGUUUUACUGCUUCUGAUGCUUAUAAUGCAUUGUCAUCUGAAAAAGCUGCCCAAAUUGAAGGAUGUGAUAGUAACCAAUUGAUUAAAUAUUUUGCCAAGAGACAUGUGGAUGAGACAGAUUUUUAUUAUGAUUUUGAACAAGAUGAUAGUGGUGCUUUAGUUAGUUUUUUUUGGCGUGAUGGUAGGAUGAUGAGAGAUUAUCAUUACUUUGGAGAUUUGUUGGUUUUUGAUACAACUUAUAGAACUAAUAAAUAUGGAAUGAUAUGUGCUCCAUUUGUUGGGAUGAACCAUCAUGGUAACAAUGUCAUGUUUGGUAUGGGUUUUAUUCUUAAUGAGCGCACCGAGUCUUUUGAUUGGUUGUUCGAUACAUUUUUGCACUCAAUGGGGAGGAAAAGUCCCAUUACAAUUAUGACUGAUCAAGCACAAGCGAUUGCAGCGGGUAUAAGAAACAUUUUUCCUUCAACUGUUCAUCAUCGUUUAUGUGUAUGGCAUCUUGAACAAAAUUCUAAGAAACACAUUGGAGCAUUGAGAGCUUUGGAAGGCUUUACAGAUUUGUUUGGAUAUCUUUUGAAGAUGUGUGAUAAAUACAAAUGUGAAAAUGAUGACUGGUUAUGUGAUUUGUAUAAAAUAAAGGAAAUGUGGUGUCCUGCUUAUUCUAAGAAGUAUUGGUCUGGUGGUAUAUUGUCUUCUCAACGUAGUGAAACUACUAAUAAGUCAGUUUCACAACGUCUUAAUAAGACUCAAGGUUUAUGUGAUUUUUAUCAUGUUUUUCUUGAUGUCAUUUCUGAGUGGAGAAGUAAGGAAGGUGCAAGAGAUUACAAUACUCUGAGGGGUAAUAGGCACCUAGCUUUUGCUGAUAUUGGUAUAUUAGUUCAUGCAAGAUCAUUGUACACUAUUCAAGCUUAUGUUCUUUUUGAAGAGGAGUUCAUUUGGGGGAUAGCUUAUGAUCAUGUUGAUAAUGGUUUGCGUUUUCCAGAAUAUUCAUAUCUUCUUUGGAGGCCUGGAAGGAUAUAA